AUGCUCAAGCUCUGCGCAAACGCCACGGAUGGGUGGGCGGGCUACGGGUAUGCGCGGUUAGAGAAGAAGGGAAUCGGGGUACCCUUUCCGGGGGAUAUGGGGUUCGCGCAUGGGAAGGACGAGGCGCACUCGACGAUCCCGCCAUACGCGACGGGCGGGAACCUCGAUACGCGGCAUAUUUCUACGGGGUCGACGCUGCUCGUGCCGGUGUGGGUCGACGGCGCGGUGUUCUCUAUCGGGGACGGGCACGUGGCCCAGGGCGAUGACGGCACCACUGUCGAGACACCGAUGAAGGUCAUCGCCCGCCCGACGAUCGUAGAGGACAACCGCGUUCACACGACUUCGGCGCACGUCAACGCGGAGUUGGGCGACCGUGCGACUGUUGUUGACUCCGGUUCGCCUACCAAUUUCCGUCUUCCACUGCGCACGGCUUCAUCGAUGCAUGGCUCGACGUUAUACGACUCUACAAAACUCUUCGGUUGCUCCUUGCGGCUGCACUCAAGAAUGCGCACCUUCCUUGUCGCGAGAGCAUGGAGAUGGAUGGCUGGGAAGGACUGA